AUGAGGGAUUGGCUGGGUAGUCUGCAGGACUUCUCGUCCUCAGGUUUAACCAUCGACGACUUGCCGAAAUUGAAUAUAUUGGAGGCCGGGCUCCUCAAGCUGAAAUCAGAUGCUGUGCUAGCGGAACAGGUGCAGAAGACUAAGGUUGUCGGGCAGGACGAUAUUUGGUCUUCAAUAAACCUGUAUCGCCACCUCGAACGCCUGCAAACGCUCAUCGGACGCCCCAAAAAUGAAGCAGCCGCUCGUGCUUGGACAGAUGCCUUCCUUUUUCGCGUAUCUGCAAUGGUGCUGCAAAAUGAAACGAUGGUGCUCAGCAUGAAGCAGAGCAUACCACCUACGGCUAUGAAGUCUCCGAGUUCCACCACCCUCCAUGGUGUCGUAGAAUACACCGCUGAAGCAGCAGAUAGAUCCGUGGAUGAAAUAUUUUUGUCCGAUCCAGCAAUCGAAAGAAUGAAAUUGGCCAUGCCGUCCGGUCUCGUGGUGACUGUGGCAAAGUCAUUUUCCAUGUCCCUCCAAGAUCAUAUCCCUCAAGCAGUUUGCAAAAUGAAACCCGUCGUCUGUGGGGUCCUGACGGUUGGGGACACCUGGAUUUUCCUCGUCGUCGUCAUGAACUCUAAUAGCGACGGCGCCAAGUAUUGGCAAUCUGAGGAGAUCAGCAUCCUUACCCUAACGCCUCCUGGACAUGCACGCAUCACUUCCCCGUGGCCCGAUGUCGUUGCUGGUAUUUUGGCUGAUUGGAUGAAGCAGCGCUUUGAAGACAUCGAGGGCGGCGACGAUUGGUUUGAAGUUGGAUUGUAG